ACAAAGAUGGAGCCGAUGUUCAGCCCUCCGCUUCACAGGCAGAGACAUCAAUUUGUGAUCGAUUUUGUCGAGAAGAACAAACCCAAAAAGGUGGUGGACCUGGGGUGCAGUGAGUGCGGACUUCUCCAAAAACUCAAAUUUCACCGUGAAAUUGAACUCCUGGUUGGAGUGGACAUCGAUGGAGCCAAAGUCCAAAAAAAGAUGCAUGGAUUAAGUCCUAUAUCAACUGACUAUCUGCAGCCAAGUUAUGAUCAGCUACGGGUUGAGCUGUACCAGGGCUCUGUCACACAAAAGGACGCUCGCCUCAAAGGAUUCGAUUUGGUGACCAACAUAGAACUCAUAGAGCACCUCACUCUUCCCGAUGUGGAGUGCUUUUCCCAGGUGGUUUUUGGUUACAUGACCCCAGUGGCGGUAAUCGUCAGCACCCCGAACUCUGAGUUCAACCCACUAUUCCCUGGACUGGCAGGUUUCAGGCACAGCGACCACAAGUUUGAGUGGACCAGAGCAGAAUUCAAGUCCUGGGCUCUGAAGGUGUGUUUGGACUAUGGUUACGAGGUGGAGUUCACUGGUGUUGGACAGGCACCACCAGGCCUGCAGGAGGCUGUCGGCUUCUGCUCCCAGAUUGGUGUGUUUCACCGGCUGAGGGGGAGAGAGGGCUGCAAUGUGUUGAUUGGUGCGGAUGCUGAGGAUGUGUUUUCAUACACUUUGCUCUAUAGUGUAAACUACCCCAGCCUACAUGACAACAACAUCCUGCGGAGGGUCCUGGUGUGCGAGGUGCUUUACUGGGCAGAAAAUCUAAAGAAAAGAUGGAUGGAGGAGAAGACUGGCGAGAGCGAUGGCACUUACACACUGUACCAGGCUGCGGGCGAAGGGGAGGAAUGUCUCAGGGCGUUGGAAGUGACACAGACGGCAGCAUGUGGAGCUGUGAUGAACACUCCAGUGGAGCAGCGGGGCGGAGGUGUGUCAGAGCAUCAGGAAGCAGAGGAUCAACAGGUGUUCUGGAGAAAAAGCCAAGGACUACAGGAGACAUGCAAAGUGCGCAGGUGUGUGUCUGUACCCCUGGCUGUGCUGUGGUCCUGCUGCCCUAAAGUCAGUGCCCUGAGUGGAAAUCUUAAUAAUCUCAGACAUUUCCUGAUGGAGGACCCUAAAGUCAAACUGAGCCAGGACGGCUCUGCUGUUCUCUUAUAUGACCAGGAACAAGACCUUGAGGAGGAAGAAGAGGAUCACAAUGAUCUUGAGGACAGCGGGUAUGCAGAGGCUAGCCGGUGCUCCCAUAAUGUUGAGCCAGAGGAAGACUGGGAGGCAAAUGUUUGAGGUGGAUGAUAGAGCUUUUUUGUCGGGACAAGUAGGUGACUUGUUGAGUGAGCAAAUGGUUUCCCUUGGUUACUACUGAACAAUGCAGUUGUCCUAACAAUUCCCAACUGCAGUGUAAAAACUCUGGAUUUAUUGCAGCAACUUUGUGUUAAAUGUAAAUAUCUAUUGGCGUCUAAAACAAGACUACUUGCGGAAGGCUACUUAUGAUGUCCAAAUAUAAAUGGUACAAUAAACCUCUAAAUGAGUGAAAAUGUUUAAAUUCUUGUGCAUAUUACUUUAGUUCAAACAUGUAGAUUGUUUUCAACUGUUUUAUUCAACAGUGUAGGUACACAUUUAAAGCAUCCAGUACACUUGUUAAGAAAGCAAAUGUUGGUCUGUAACAGGAAACACUGGACAGUGUUAGAACAGCGCAGAACAUCACUUUACAAGAGAACACAUUUUACAGUUUUAUAUAGACAACAG